AUGGCAGCUGCAGACGUAGCAGAGCGCGCCGCUCACAAGAGGCCGUUUGCUGCCUGGGUCAAGCGUCUGACCAACCUGCACCCCAGCAGCAAGAAGUCCAAGAAGGCCUCGCAGCUCAAGAACAACCCAUACCCUCAGUCCGGCCGUCUCCAGCAGUGCCGUCACGAGUCCCGCGUCUCGAACUCCGCCUCGGACAAUUACAGCUCCCAGUCCGCCUCGGACAAUGCCAGCCUCAACGUCCACCACGCUCCCGACUCAACCGCCAGCAGGAACUCGUCCCUCUCGGCUCCUCCUGUCAACAGCAACCGCUCCCAAGCCAACACUGUCGCCACCAUCCCAGAGACCAUCGCAUCAGAUCGAGGCUACUUCAAGUCGUCGACAAACGGCCAAGGCGGCGCCCUGAGCUCCGUCGACGGCGCUGGACACAACAGCACCUUUUCCUCGCCAAACCAGUCUCAGCAGUCGCUCACCACUACUCUGACCACCAUCCAGUCCACCAACAACCAUCUUAAUACCGGUGCCCCUCACACCCACUUCUCGCAGCAACCACCCUCGGCAAUUCCCCCUCACCUCGCGAACCCCACCAACAACAACAACCACAACGACAAUGCGAGCAUCCUGACUCUAGCCUCUUCAUCCAAGCGCCGUCGCCGCUCCAUGGAUACCGACGCGUCCGUCCGCGCCAUCGCACCCAAGAGCAUGUGGGGGGACAGCAGGGAAUCUCUACCUCUGAGCGUCCUGAGUGCCAACAUCGACCACACAUCCUCUCGUCCGGCCGUUGGCGGCCUCAUCAGUGCCGAGCGCGCUAGCGUCUACUCAUCUCGAGAUGUGUCGGCCCCUGCCAUCGCUUCCGAUCGCAAUAGCUACUACGCUGCGAGUCACAGACAAGUCAGAGACAGAGAGCGAGACAAGGAAGCUCACCGUGAUCGUGACUUUGGUGCAGAUGGCAGAAGCAUCAAUUUCGACGCCAAAUCGCUCAACUUUGACGGCAGAAGCUUGGCUGGAGACCAUGCCAGUUUGAGGGGCUACGAAGGCAGCGUACGUAGUGGCGCUUUGGGUCAUGGUCAUGCACGCAACGAUAGUAUCCCCAGCGGUGCACCAAGCCCCAUGGUCGGCGGUUCUCCUCUGCUCAGGAGACCUUCGGGUGCUCUGACCUUCAACUCUGAUGUUCGUGACAAGGAAGACCACGAGCCUGCAGACCACAAGAAUCAUGCGUAA